AUGACGUGGGUCAUGAUCUUUAAUUAUCUGUCCCACAUCACAUCCAUCACUGGGGAGUACCUCAUCAAAGUAUCCAUCGGAACCCCACCUGUUGAUAUCCUAGCCAUUGCUGACACGGGCAGCGAUCUUACUUGGACACAAUGCAAUCCCUGCAGACAAUGCUAUGAGCAAAGUGCCCCUCUUUUUGAUCCAAGUAAAACUUCGAGUUAUCGAAAGUUAUCAUGCGAAUCUCUGUUGUGUACUGAAGUUGGAACUCAAACUUGUGAUUCUGAAAACAAUUGUGGAUAUAGAGUUUCUUAUGGAGAUCAUUCUUAUAGUAUUGGUGAUCUUUCUGCGGAAACUUUUACGUUUGAAUCAAGCUCUGGCGGAAGUGUAUCAAUUCCGAAAGUUGUUUUCGGUUGCGGGCACGAAAAUGAAGGCACUUUCAAUGAAAUGCCUAAAGAUUCAGGAUCAGAUGCUUCAAGUAAGAUCAAUUUUGGUACAAAUGCUGUUGUUUCAGGCCCAACAGCAGUUUCAACUCCACUGAUCAAGAAAAAUCCAGAUACAUUUUACUAUCUCAAUCUAGAAGGCUUCAGCAUUGGAAAUACAAGGAUUUCAAACAAGGGUUUCUCCAAGUUGCAUAAUAUUUCCUCUACUGCUGUAGAAGAGGGCAACAUCAUAAUUGACUCUGGAACAACUCUAACUUAUGUCCCUCAGGAACUUUACCAAGAUUUGGAAUCACAACUUAGCAAAAUAAUAAGGGGCACACGGGUUUCUGAUCCACUAAGUAUCUUUGGCCUUUGCUAUAAGUCUGAAAGAAAUAUCGAGUUUCCCAAACUUGUUGCUCACUUUACUAAUGCAGAUAUAGAUUGGCUCCAACCAGUACAUUUCUUGAAGUCUCCGAAGGCAUGA